UGUGUACGGUUAUCGUGGUCUGUGUUUAUUUUGUUUAUGUAGUUUUUUAAUUGUGAAUUGUGCGGUGAAUAUGCCUCCAAAUUUACAUCAAUGAUUCGACGGUGAUCAUAAAUUAUGAAUUAUUAAAUUCGUAUUAGAACUGCCAUGGGGUCCAGAAUAAGGGAAGAUGUAACACAUUUCUUUGAAUGCUUCUGCGAAAUUGUUCCGCCGACUAACGAUAAAAGUGCGUGGAUCAUACAACAAUUCCCGGAAAAAUACAAGGACGAAGGAGUGCUAAAAUCUGUUCCAAAUUUUGCAUAUCCAUAUAAAUUUGAAAACACGGUCAUUCAGCACUAUUCUUUCGUUCUUACCGAUUUAGAAUCGAAAUGGACCUUUGGAUUCUGUCGGCACGAUCCAAAAUCGGAGACUGCAAUUGUAGUUUUAAGUUAUCUUCCAUGGCACCAGGCAUUCUACAAAUUCUUAGACACCACAGCAGUAUUAAUGCACAGUCCCAGAUCCGAUGACUUACAGGAGUUUUUGUCCUCGGUUUACAAUGCCAGAAUAGCCGCUCCCGGGAAUGAUUUCGUUGUUCCUUUUAAUAGAGGUGAAAAUGUGUAUUCGGUAGAGGUUCCUAGACCAUUCCAACUUCCAAGCAUACCAGAAAAUAGAAACUUAACGGAAUAUUAUAAUGCGGUGGACAUUAACAACAUGAUAAUGGUGUUCGCGUCGAUGUUGUUCGAAAGACGGAUAAUUUUCACGUCGAAAAAACUGAAGAGGCUGAGUGCGUGCGUCCAAUCUGCCAACGACAUCAUCUAUCCGAUGAACUGGCAGCACAUAUUCAUCCCUGUGCUGCCGAUGGCGCUCCAAGAGUACCUGCUGGCGCCGAUGCCCUUCCUCAUCGGCGUGCCUGCGGAGGUUUUGAAGAACGUCCGGAGGAGUGAAAUCGGAGACGUUGUGAUUUUAGAUGCGGACUCGAACACUGUGGAGAGCCCUUUCGACGACAUCAAUAAUUUUCCUCAAGAAGUGAUCACAUCGCUGAAAAAGCAGUUGCGCAACAAGUCAUCGUUACUGGGUGACGGUGUGUCCAGAGCGUUUCUGAGGGCGUUAGUGCAGCUGAUCGGCGGCUACAGGGACGCGCUCAAGUUCCAGCCCGGCGAAAAGGUGUCGUUCGACCAAGAGAAGUUUAUCGAAACGAGGCCCGCAUCGUUGCAGCCCUUCCUCAGGAAAAUGUUGCAUCUGCAGAUCUUCCAGCAGUUCAUUGACGAACGUGUCGCAAUGCUAAAUAACGGUUUGGGAUUUUCUGACGAGUUCGAGAUGGAGGCUUGCAUCUACUCGGAAAAAUCCAGUUCGAAGCUGAAACAACAGUACAAGGACUGGGCGUCUUCCAUGAAGCACGAGGGUAGCGCCCUCAUAAAAAAUAUCAAGGGAAAAGCGAAUCCUGCAAUGCGGUCCGCUGUAAAAACGUUUCGAAGGACAUCUUUCCAUUCCAAUAAGGUUGAGGUUGGCAACGAGGUAAAAGUUGGUGGCAAGGGAGUGAAGGACGUGUACAAGGAAAUAAAGUCAAGACUGAAAGAAAACCAACCCCAGCAGCCUAAAUCGGCGCCCAAUUCACCAACGGGGAAACGUCGAACCAUCGCCGGCUUUACCGUCCCCGCGGCCACUUACCGAAAGGAUCCUUCUUUCAAAACGGCCGGCAUCGAACGACCGUACAGUCCUUUGGAUCCGGCAUCGCAGCCAGUUUCACCGGACGGAUGCAACGCAUCACGUAGCGGCAGUCCCGGCCUGGAUAUACCCAGGAUUGAUCUCAUGAGCGAGCUGAAGGACCUCCUGAACCUGAAAACACCACCAGUCGAUCGAUCCCUGAAACCUGUGCGCAGUCUCGAGAACUUCAAAAGUUCCCCGCUCCCAAUCAACGCGACCAGUCCCGAGCACUGGGUGUUCCCGGGCGCAAACACGCGCACGGGCGCACCCAUGGCUUCUCCGCCCUCGUCCGCGCGUUUCUUCCUACCCUCGAACCACCACCACGGCGGCGCCCGUUCCCAGGACACCCAGAACCUGCUGCAGUCGCCGCCCGAAGAUGUGUUCCUGUCUCCGCCCGCCGUACCGCCGAGGGGGUCGGUAUCGUCGUCCGCUCCGAAAGAUCUCUUUGGCACAGCACCGUUCGUAGUUGGUGGCGGGCACUCGGAAAACGGGGAUCCGUUGUUCUAUGUCGCUAACCAGCACACGGUUGAUAUUGUUAAGCUGUCGCCACCCACGCGUUCGCCGAGAAGAAAGGUGGAGGAUACAACCGAAGACUUGAUUCGUUUAGAUUCUUCAUCGGAUAUAGAUAUAUUUGACCCGUUGAAAUCGCCUACGAAUUCCAACGAAGCACCAAUGUCGAUGUCUAACCCAGUGUACGCGUACCAGAACCAACUGAGGAACGGUACCGCGACGCCGAACAGGCCUAGCAGCGCAAGAGGCGAACCCAGUCGAAACGAUCAGGACUUACUUCAAGAAUACGGAUUGCACUUCAACAGCUUUCAAAGUUGCGACUCGUUUAGCGGUAGCGUAAAUAAAGUCAAUUCGCAAAGUCAAUGGACUAAAUUUGAAUGAGAGUGGUGACCGUAGAUCGUCGGUAGUGUGAAUUCAGAGAUUUGCAACCUAGUCGAGUUGUGGGGAUUUUUUACUGAGUUUUAUUGUUUAUAUUUUAUUGUGUUUUCCCCUUCAAUCACUUAUCUCUAUUUUCUGAGAUUAUAUAUUCAAAUAAUUGCGUAAUUUUUUAAGCAUGUGCAAAAUUAUUUAAAAAGUUUUAUUAUACACUGAUUUUAAUAGUUUAAUUAUUGUUUUGAUUGUCCUUUAUAUAAUUUAAUUGAAAUAGAUAUUUUAAAGUUGUUGCAGAUAAGCACAAAACUCUGUUACUUUAGGUGACAUUAUCAGUACCUAAAUUAAAUCAAAAUAAGGCUCUUUAUUUAAUUGGAAUUAUCAUAUAGUAAUUAGCUGUGAUAUCUAUAAAAAACACGAUUUUUAAAUUUACAUUGUGUAAUUUUUUAAUAAAUUUAUUUUGUUAAUUUGCACAAUUAUAAUUAAUAAAUGAUAUUAAUUAUA